AUGUGGGGUCCAACGGAGGACAGCCAGGGAGUGGACAAGGGGACGACUGAGGAGAACGGUCUGUCCAGUGAUGAUUACACACUGUCUCCAUCGGACGAGGAGUUCGAGCACACGUUGGACUGCGGCCCCCCCCCCUCCUCUCCUGCGGCGUCCCACAUCUGUGACGGGCAGGAGCGGCGCCCACCAGGAUCCAGAGGAGAGUCCAGAGAGGCUCCUUUCACAGAUCCUCCUCCUGAAGCCCGGGUAGCAGCUCCGGCCGAGGAGCCCAGCGCGCCCUGCCCGGUCCCCAAGCCACGCCUCUCUCGGCAGCCCAGCCCCUCCCCUCCCGUAGCCAAACCUCGCACGAUCCACCUCAUCAACCCCUCGGCUCCAGAGACCCCCUCCCCUGCGACGCCCACCCAGGAGACCUCCAAGGCGGCGCCCGACUCCAGACCGAAGCAGUCGCUGCGGAAGCUGCAGCUCACCAACGAGGAGAAAAGCCUGCUGGUGAAUCUUCAGAGCUUCAGCAUCGACUCGGACUCCGAGACCCCCGGAGGAUCCUCCUCCUGCUCCUCGUCCUCGGCGACGGCGGGAGGUCCGAGCCCCCCCAAACCCGGGGGCCUGGACGGGCAGGAGGAGGAGGGCUACUGGAGCAGCAGCACCACCGGGCACAUGCGGGAGAAGAGGAACCGCCGCUGCUUCAAGAGGAAGGAGAUGCCGAGCGGCCAGACCAGAGAACGAUCCAAGUUCUCCCCCUGGAACCUCUCGUCCCCGAGGAUCAGCCGGGACACGCGGCUCAGCGUCCACGUCCACCGUCCAGGGAGAGUGGAAACGACUUUCCGACACGUGCACAGCGCCUCGGAGGAAGGAGCGGACGGAGACGACGACGAGGACGAGGACGACAUGUUUGAACAAGAUGAUAUCGACCUAGUAACUGUUUACAGGGGGGGCUCCCCCCUCGACUCCCACCUCCGGGAGCGGACUCUCCGGAGCUUUGGAGGCUACCUUAGUCUCCGGAACCCCCCCCUCCACCAGAGGAGCGGGAGGCUCUGUAGCAACAGCAGCCUCGGGCUGGGCUGCUCGCGGAAGCCGCUGCGCUCCAUCCUCCCCGCACUCUAA